CAACGUUAGACUAGCUUGCAAUGGACUCAAGAGGAAUGUUCCUCACAAAGUUAUAUUUAUUUACUUUAGUUUUUAAUUUAGGCUUAUGUGAUUGGGCAUCUGAAUGGAUGGCUCCAGUACAAGACCAGUUAGGUUACAAAGACAACGCACCAUCAAGAAGCAGUAACUUUGAUGGCGAACUUUAUGACGAAGAUAACGAUCAUGUGACUCCAAUUUAUGAAAGUGAAAAUUUUCCUAAUCCAAGAUCGAACUUGGAUCUGUCUGUAACUAGUCUUAAACUGAAACUAGAGAAUACUCUACAAACCGCUAAGAGGUUAACGGAGACCUUGAAGAUGCAAAUCAACGCGCUGACUGCACAAGAGAUUGAAUUGAAGGAGGCAAUUACUAACGGCAGAUCUGGAGUAACAGCAGUAACAGUGACGUCCCUGGGCCGUCUGCCCAGAACCUACUUGAUAAGAGAUGGGUAUUGGACGAGAUGCAACGGUAUGGUCCAACUGCCCAGCCAAGAUCAGUCGCCCAAGAAUGUGUUCAAUGAAAUGUUUCUCGCGCCGAGGUGUAUUGGACAAGAGGUAUCAUCGGCGCCGGACCCUUGCGUGUUCAACUCCAUCAUCAAGUACGAAACGAUCCCUACGUACCGAAGGUUCGAGUACUAUGAGGACGACUACCUGUGCCUCAAGCAGGCCUUCAACAGUAGCAUGGAGCAGUACCUCAGUGUGCCGAGGCAGCUGGUAAACGAUACGUGUACUAAUGGCGUCAUAAGAUCCCUGACAGAGAACUCAAUGGAGUGUGGAAUCCGAAUAUUGGCGGACUAUACCUACUUCCCCCAAAGAAGUUACACGUCUCUUCUUCCACUGGAGUAUUGCAUUGAAAAAGAUGGCUCCUGCAAGCUCAUCGUGGCUUGGCACGUCUCGAACACAACCAUAGAAAAUUUUGAAUUUCUUAAAAACCAACAGAAUUUCAAAAAAUACUUCAUCAAUGCAAACUAUUUAGAACAAGUUAUUUGAUUUCUUGGAUUUUUGAAAG